UAUGAACUUCUCAGAAAAAUAAAAGGAUGAUAAGCAAAUGCAGUAAGCAAAUCUAUAGACAAAUUAAGUCAAAAAGAGAAAACCUAUUGAUUCAGAUACCAAAACCAAUCUGAUACAUAGUGUAGUAAAAGAUCAUUUGCCAAUUUAUUAAGUAUUAAUCUUUCUAUAAUUAUUUAGGCAGCCAUUAUUCAUAAGGUUAAAUAUUCAUCUGCUAAACAUAUAUUAAGAAAUUACUACAGUGAUACUGCUAAUUAUUUCUCAGCACAGAAGAAGAGAAGAAGAAAGAUAAUAUGUAGUGGAUCAACUAUCUUAGUAAACACUAACACUGGAAAUAUCAUAAUAUAUUCUUAAUAAAGUUAACCGAUCCCAUAUUUAAACAAUGGUGUCAAUGCUUAAAUUAAAUAAAAAGUUCUUGAUAAUCUAAGCUUAUCGAUCAUUAAUGAACUCAAUUUCAAAAACUUUAAAAAGUUUUAAAUGAAAUAAAAUUUUAAGACCAUAAAACAAGAUUUAAAAACAGAGAAAAUAGAAGACAAACUACUUUUUCUUUAGAGGACACUUAUUGAAUAACAUAAAGAAAUGGUUUCAUGA